AAAUAAUCCAGAUCGGCUAGAUCAUUGGUCAGUUUACUUUCGAAGAUUCUUUUCCGAGAAACUGUUGAACCAGUGUUACUUUUACGCAGAUUUGAAUAAAUAAGUUCAUCAGCCAUCUACAAUGGAUUCACACGCUGUGAUAGUGUUAAAGACAUUCCUUUUUGCCUACCUGAGCCUAUUCUCUAGCACACAGGCAGCAGCGGACCAAUCAGAGCCCAGCUCCAAAUCAGCAGUGACGUCAUCAAAAACGAACGACUUGAAAUCUGAGAGCACAUUCGGACUAGGACAUUACGGAUAUUUGGGACCUCCAGUUGGUUUCGGUCCCGGUUAUCCGGCUUUCCCCGCUCAUCCGUUCCCCAAACCAUACGCCGCGUUCCCUGCUCCAGUAUACCACAAACCUGCUGUUUUUCCCGGAGGCAAUUUCCCGGCAUACCCCGGGUAUAACCUGGGUUUUCCACAUGGAUUUGGAGGACAUGCUGGUGUUUUGGGCUACAAUCCUGCGGCCUAUCAGGUCCCUCAUGGUUAUCCAUUCUUCGGCUGAUUCUAACUGAAAAAAAAUAU